GACAGCUUUUUCUCAGCCUCUGCCGUGCGGAGGCAGUUAUAAAAGCGUUUCCGUUUCUCCUUCUGAGGGUAAAACAAUGAGCGUCUUUGAAGGAGGACACGUUUAAAAUCUAGGCAAAAUCAGGACUGAUGUAUUUUGUACAAUUUUGGAUGUAACCGACUGCAAGGCUGUAAAUAAUCCCGGGGUGGGGGUAUCUAUGUGUAAUGUGUAACCUGUGAUCCUCUGCUGACCAGGUAAAAGGACUGCUGUAUAAUCCCUUUUCACAUAAAGAGAUCUUCAAAAGGGGAAUAAACAAGGGAUAAAAGUAGUCAGGAAACGAGUGGAGAAGGAACCGUGAGCUGAAUUAAAGGCAGUCAGAUUGUUCAGUACUACUGAAAGCUGCAGAUUAAAGGGACUGCUCACGCGCUCCACUACACUCAGGCUGGCAAUGGUGGGGAGGCUCAAUCUGCGCAAUGUGUGUGACGAAGACCUGCUGGAGAUGAACCUGAAAGCUGAGAGACUGCUGGACAGUCCGGACUCUGGUCUGCCUCCCAGCCCCAGUGUGAGUCCGAGCCCAUGGCUGAGUGGGGACAGGAGCGGGGACAGGAGCGGGGACAGGAACGCAGCCAGCCCCAGUGUGAGUCCCAGCCCAUGGCUGAGUGGGGACAGGAGUGGGGACAGGAGCACCACCAGCUCCGUGUGUGAAGACGAGAGCAGAGCUGUGACUCCCACUGCGGGUCCUCUUAAGCUUGUUAGAAGUGUUUCUCAAUUGCACCCAUUUUCCUACGGUGAGGGAAUUGAACUUGAUCCUCUGCCCCCAAAAGAAUUAAGAUACACAUCAUCAGUGCGCUAUGACUCGGAUCGCCACUACAUCCAGGAUGUGUGUUUACAGCCCACAGGUUUGGGCCUGGAGUUGUGCAGCCAGACCAUCAUAGCUGUCUCAGAGAGCACAUGGAGACGAUAUAAGACCCAGUUGGAGUUCGAGCCCCGUCAGCGGGUGCAGCGCUACCGGAGCACCACCAUUGUGUACCCCAAACAUGCCAGGACCGUGUACACCACACAGCUCAGCUAUGAUGAACGCAAGUUGGCCAAGCGCUUCCUGUCCAGUGUGGAAUUAGAGGUGUCUGACUGCAAGGCCAACCAAUGUUGAAGGAAGAGGGACUUUUUGGAGAAAAGCUAACAAAAUAUGCCCAUCGUUAUUCAUUAAAAACCGGGUGUUUAGAACCGGAUGGGUGGAAUUGCCAGACUGUAUGUUAAUGGUUUAAUUAUCAUGUUUGUUUUCAGAUGGAUGGAGUAUCAUGCAUCUGGAGGUUUGGAUGGGUUUUAAUGUUACUGCAAUACAAAUGUAUAUUACAUAUUCUACGUAACAUUUGCAGCCCUGUUGGUUUUAAGAUUCUGCUCAGUGAUGUUGAUCCAUCACUUAUUGAAAGUUUUAUGGUAAUGUAGCAGUACUGUGCUCAGUAAAAGCACAGACGAGCUGUAAGUGAAACAGGAAAGUGAUGAAAGUGAUGAAACAGGAAAGACAUGAAAGAGAGUUAAAUUCAGCCUUUGUAAAAUGUUCGGGAUUUUUAUUUUUAUUGGAGUGUCCAUACUGGGUUGUUUCAGGUAUCUAUAUAUGAGGAUUAACUUAACUGAGGCAUGAUGUCUAACAUCAAAAUUCAGAUAUUACAUGCCUCAGUAAUCUGUGGUGUGUAAAUGGUUUUAUUGAGGUGUGGAACAGCGUGAAAUUUUGUACAGUCAUGUAGGUGAGAACAGGUGAAACACACGAUCCAAUAGAAUAGGUUGACAGAGGUUGUCUAUGUGUACUACUGUAAGUUCACAUUUGGGCUUAACUUUUUUUUUUUUUUUUUAAAUUUCAUGUCAUGUCAUUUCAUUUCAUGUUUACCUGCACUUCAUCUUUUUUUCCAUUUCACUUCUUUCAUUCAGAUGUUUUGUUCUUCAGUCAUUUUUUUUUUUUAAUUCUUUUCAGUUGCACUGCUGCAGGCAGAAUGAGAAGGAUAAAGGCUUGUUCUGAGGGGAAAUGAACUGUUUUGAAUGUUUGUGCAAAUCUGAAUUGCAGAACUCACAGACAGUAUCAUUGUUUUUUUUUCCCAGUGAUUUUACCUGUUCUACAGCACUUCAGCUUUGUCAUGCAUAGAUAUAGAAAUCACGGCUGCAGUAUAUUUAUUUAAAGCUUUUAAAGGUUUCAACUGUAUACAAGUACUUCAGCUGUGCUACAUUAAAGUUAACCAUUGAUUUCAUCUUAGAUUGGUAUUGUUAUUUCAAGUUCAGCCUAAAAUAUUUUUUUUUAAAUAAAUCAAUUUAAACUGAUUUUAAUAUGUAUGCUCUAAAGCAAAGCAUGAAAAUGUUAGGUUAAUCCUGAUAUAAAUUAUAUUGUAAGCUGAGAGAUUGGCACUUUUCAAAUAAAGACCACAAGCAUACAAACCA